AUGACCGCUCCCGUACCAGACUUCCAUAGCAUUGUUCAUUCGCCCUCCUUCACAUUCCUCGUUGGCCCAGAUCACACAAAACUUACCAUCCAAUCUGGGCUUGCCAAACAUGUCUCCCAGCGGCUUGAUGAGUUAAUGAAUAAUGGACACACGCGCGAGUCGCGGCACCGGAUCGCAGUCCUGGAGGAGGAAGAUGUCGAGACCUUCGUUGGCUUCUGCGAGUAUGCCUAUACGGGAGACUACACAGUGCCCAAUCCUAGAGCCACGCCAAUCGGACACAGAGAUAGCCAAGGAAUGGCUCCGCCGUUAGCUUCUGCUAUGCGUCCCCCGGCCCCAUCUCCUCCAGUCACCCCACAGCCGGGGGAAGAGCCACAGGAAAUUGUAGAAGGAGAAGGAGGGGAAGGGGGACGGAAAGAUGGGGACGAACAGGCCCAACAAGAAGCGACUGGAGGCAUGGGAGCAGAAGACACAGAGAACAUGAACCUCGAAGAAAGAGCCGCCGCAACUCCUGGUAUACCCCCUUCAGAAGCUGUCUCCGCCGCCCCCGACUGGUUCGACUUCGAGCCAACCCCGAAACCUGAAAUGCCUAAGCUUGGCCCAGCCUUCCAAGGGUCAUUCAUCUCCUCUAAAUCUCGCGGUCUGGGACUAUGGGGCGAAUUCGCUUCCUUACAAUACAUCCACCACCAACGCGCCUCUGGCGGUAUGACUCUUCCAUCCCCCCUCUCUCGAAAUACUCCCGGUUACGGUAUUGCCGUCUCUGGCACUGAACCAGCCCCCUACCUCCUCUUCCAUGCCAAGCUUUCCUCUGCCGUCAUCCAGCUGUUGCACUUCACAUUCACGAGAACUAAACGUGAUGACCCAGUCUUCUCGUUGACGAGCUCAGAACCUAGCGCGCAACGGCAGAACGAGCUGCGGAAGUUGGUCACGCACUAUGCUGCGUGUAAGGUGAGAGAGCUCGCGAGCUACCAACCCCCCGCGCCCUCAGCAGCUAGUGUGGAAUCCAUGGAUACACAGCAUUUGGGUUUCAGGGAUUUAUUGGAUGCAUUGGGCGAAUUGGCAUCGGACUUGGUCUAUCGGAUGAUGUGA